AUGGUCUUCAUCUUCAACGGGCAGCCACUGAUGGACGAGAUGGCAGCAUGUGAGAGCCACGAUGAAGACCACGAAGGGUUAGGGAAUUCCCAGGCUGACUUGUUCACCUGCAGGGCGGACUUGUUCACCGCCAAGCGGCCCAAACAGAAGAUGACACCCAGGUCUUUUCCAUUUAGAAUAGGAAAAGUUGGAAAUCAGAAACGAGUCGUUGGUGUGCUGCUUGGCUCGUGGCAGAAAAAGAUAUUAGAUGUGUCCAACAGUUUUGCAGUACCUUUUGAUGAGGAUGACAAGGACGAUACUGUGUGGUUUCUAGACCAUGACUAUCUGGAGAACAUGUAUGGAAUGUUUAAGAAGGUCAACGCUAGAGAAAGAAUAGUUGGUUGGUACCACACAGGCCCUAAACUGCACAAGAACGACAUCGCCAUCAAUGAACUGAUGAAAAGAUACUGUCCUAACUCUGUGUUGGUGAUUAUUGAUGUGAAGCCAAAGGACUUGGGGCUGCCCACAGAAGCUUAUAUUUCAGUUGAAGAAGUUCACGAUGAUGGCACUCCGACCUCCAAGACGUUUGAGCAUGUGACUAGUGAGAUCGGAGCAGAGGAGGCAGAGGAAGUUGGUGUUGAACACUUGCUACGAGAUAUCAAGGAUACAACGGUGGGCACUCUGUCCCAGCGGAUCACAAAUCAGGUCCAUGGCUUGAAGGGACUGAACUCCAAGCUUCUGGACAUCAGGAGCUACCUAGAGAAAGUAGCCAUGGGCAAACUCCCCAUCAAUCACCAGAUCAUCUACCACCUUCAGGACGUCUUCAACCUGCUACCAGACGUCAACCUGCAAGAGUUUGUCAAGGCCUUUUAUCUGAAGACCAAUGACCAGAUGGUGGUAGUUUAUCUGGCUUCUCUUAUCCGUUCCGUGGUUGCCCUGCACAACCUCAUUAACAACAAGAUUGCCAACAGGGAUGCAGAGAAGAAGGAAGGACAGGAAAAAGAAGAAAGUAAAAAGGAGAGAAAAGAUGAGAAGGAGAAAGACAAGGAGAAGAGCGAUGUCAAGAAAGAGGAGAAAAAGGAGAAAAAGUAAAAUGUGUAGGUUUUUUAUUUGUAAAUUAAAAAUCUUGUAAACUAAA